AUGAAGACCGCCUUGGCGACAUGUGUCCCGGAGUCGGACGUUUUGUUGUUGCCGGACGCCAACGAAGAAAUAAAAUAUUUAAGAGCAUGUGUUGUUAAAAAUUUUGUAGAUAUCGACAAAGAAAUGCGUUUGGACCUGUUGCGCGUAUCGUUAUUGUUACAUUUAUCGGCUAGAAGAAUAAAAAACCGGGUCAAAACAUGUGAAACCGAAAAUGUUCAAAAUGCCGAACGGAAAAAACGAAACCUAUCUACCGUCGGGGAUUUGUUAUCCGAGUGUAGUAGACGUUUAAAUAAAACACUCACGAUAUAA